CUACAUUUGCUCCAAAAUGGCGGCGAAGGGUGAUGGAGCAAGACCUGACACAAAAAGACUAGAAUUUAAAAAACAAAAUCUCGACGACGCUUAUGCUGUUCCUGCUAAUGUUCUUGAGAUUGAUGUUAUCAAUCCAGAGACGAAAGGGAUUGGUAAGAAGCGAUACACUGACUAUGAAGUUCGAAUGAGAACCAAUCUUCCAGUAUUCAAAUUAAAGGAGUCAACUGUCAGAAGAAGAUACAGAGAUUUUGAAUGGUUGCGAUCGGAACUAGAAAGAGACAGCAAGAUCAUAGUACCACCAUUACCUGGAAAAGCUUUGAAAUUACAGCUGCCUUUCAGAAGUGAUGAUGGUAUCUUCGAGGAUGAAUUCAUAGAAGACAGGCGUCAGGGCUUGGAAUCUUUUAUUAAUAAAAUUGCAGGUCAUCCACUGGCACAGAAUGAGAAGUGUUUGCAUAUGUUCCUUCAGGACCCAAUCAUCGAUAAGAAUUAUGURCCUGGAAAAGUGCGAAACACUUAGUAGUAGAAUAGAUCACCUUCACCUAAUCAAAUCCAAGAAAUCAGAGAUUAUAGUCACAACGUAAUACAGAAAAUAAAACAAUCACUUAACAUUGUGAUAAGACCUUGAUCAGAAAGUGGAGAAUGRUAUACUGCAGAUUUGUAAAACCAGUUCUGUAUUUUAUUAUAUGUUUGUAUUAAACUACAUUUUUGUAAAACCAAA